AUGCUCUCGCGACAGAUCUGCUGUCAACGGAUCCCACCAUGGCAGCCGCAGCAGCCAGGGGGAUCGUCAGCGCUGACGCGAAGGGGACUCUUACGAGUGAGCACAUCCGUCGCAUUGUGGCCACAGCUGCUAUACAGCAAAGAUGGUCUCCGUCGAGCGCUACUUCGGCUGGCGGACGACAGCGACAAAGAAGCGCGGAACGGCAUCGCUUUAGUGCUCCCAAUUUUUCUUACGACGAUCCGGUCCACUCUUCCCACUCUGCAGCCAUCUCAGCUCGUCGCUGUGGCCAACGUCGUCAUUCAGACGGUCAGCACCACACGGAAGGAGCUGACGGCGGGUGGCGAAAGCGACCAGCUGCAAGACCAGCUGCAAAAGUGUGUGAUGACUGUGCGGCUGGCGCUUCUGGCUUACGUGUUUCGGGCGGUGCGGCAGGCUGCACCACGGCAGUUCGCGGCUGUCCGCGAUUCGUUUCUGGCUGACCACCUGGCGACUCUCAAGCAGUACCUGACACUCAUGGCAAACAAGAAUUUUCUGGGUCUUAUGGUUGAGGCCUGUGAUUCUCUGUUUUCGCCGGAGGGGAGCUACCCGGAUCCCUCCCCGAUCCCCCUGCGUCUGGCCCUUCCGCCGAUGACACUCCUGACGGAGUAUGUGGCGCAGCUGGCAGAAGGGGCGACUGACAUGAGCGCAGAGGGGUGGCGGCGGGCAGUUGAUUUAUGUCACGUGGCUGCAAGUGCAGCCCUUGUAGCAUCGAAGCAGCCUGACAGAUGUAAGUCGGAACAUAGUGAGUACUACACAGGUGCUGACUCAAUGUUGUUGUCCGUUGUCUUUCUGUGUGCGCGCACCCAUCCAUCCAGCGGUCGGUGGGAAGGACGUCAAGCGACUGGUCGAGCAGCACCUUUUCGCACAUGUGGAUGAGCUCGUGCGCAUCAUCCUCACGGCAGAAGGGGUCACGGUGGGUGUUGCGGCUGUUACCCUGAGUAGCCUGUCCGGGUGUGCCUUUGCACUGAGCGCGCAGUGGCGCUCCCUUCUUUCCGCCUUUCCCCUGUCGUCGUGGCGGCCACUUCUGAACAACCCACAGCCACUCGCCAAGGCAGCCGCUGCCAUCCCUACACAUGACAUAGAACGCUCGGUGAUAUGUGAUCUGCUGGCGGUGCCCGCGAAGGUGGCCGUGGGUAAGGUGCACAGAGGACGAGGGGACAUGUGUGCAAACGGUUGGUUGCCUGAUGUGCUUCUAUAUGUUUGGUUGGGUGAGCAGCUUCGGAUGACAUUGACACACUUGGUGCCCUGGCAGAGGCUCUCUGUCGGCUGCUGCUGGAACCCCUGUCGUCAGCAGGCGUCAAGGCCAUCGUCACCGAUCUGAAGCGCAUGCUCGAGUGAGUGAGUGAGUGGACGCAUUCGGUGGUGGGGCCAAACGUAACGUCGUGCUACAUGAUUUUUUGUGUGUGUGUGUGUCUGUCGUUGGCUGCCGUACAGGUGUGGUGACGGUAUGGUCGCUCGUGGCAAAGCGACAAGCAACUCUCUCAUUGAUCAGAUCGCGCAUGUAAGUAACCAAAACCCAUAUGUCGAUCGCCACGUGUCCGUGUCUGUCUGUGUGUGCGCUUUAUUGCCAGUGUGAGGCCGUCCAGCAGCUGAGACGCCGCCGUGACCUGUCAAUAGAGGUAAGCGACGCAGCCAACGAAACCACACGACCAAACGAAACGAGUCGAUGGGUGCCUCUCCGCUGAUACCUCCGGCCUUUUGUACAGGUGACGUCAUUCAUCCAGUCGCUCCCAAAGACGGUCAAAGUGUGCAGCAGCUCAGCCGCGACGGACCGAUCGCACCGCCCAGCCAAACACAAGACAGCCGCGCACACCCAUCAGGCGUCAGGGCCUCCUCCGCCGCCCCGCUCCCCCUCGCCGCAGCCCUCAUCACCCGUCGACGCCGAUGCGCUGGUGGACGGCCUGCUGUCUGACGAUAUCGAGACGUUCACCUCGGCAGGCAAAGCCAUCGCUGACCAGGUGACGACUGCAUUGGCCAAGCGGCUGGCCGUGCGGGUCGGAAAAGAGAAGAAGCUUUUCCGUCGCCUCCUGAUGCGCCUGGUGGAUAGCGGAAACGAGAAAUGUCAGCUGGCGGCCGCUGACCUGCUGGUUAGCCUCUUCUCUCAUGGCCUCCUGGAGCACAUGGCCCCGUCAGAUGGCGUGCGGGCCGUCCAGGACAUCUUCGAUAUCCUGACGUGGGGGGAUCUUGAGGAGGGAGGAGUGGGAGGCGACCUGGGUGGGGAGGUCGACAGCAUCAUCUCGUCUGCUAUCGUCGAGGCAUCGUCAGGCGACGAGCCGCUGCCCCGUGCCGUCGACGUCGUGACGUAUGCAAGACUCCGGCUCAUCGAAGGAGCUCUGCAACAGGCCACCUCCCUUGAGGCGGCAGGACGGCUCCAGCUUCGCGAGAGCUUCUUCCAGACCCAUCAAACAACCCUCCGGCAGGUGUUGGCGAUCAUCCGCGAAUACAGACAUCGACUAGUGGCUGGAGCGGCCGUCGCUUUGCUGAAUGUGCUCUUCACGCCCAGCCCCCUCGGCCCCAGCCCUUCGGUCGUGCUCGAGUCCUUCUCAUUUUCGUCGAGAGCCUGAAGCAGCUGCGAGAUGAGCAACCAGCGAGGACGAGGCUCUUAGUAUCGCCACUGAUCCGGGCUGCAGACUACCUGUGGGACUCUCCUUGCGAAGGUCAGAAAAGUGCAGGUCGAUGCGUUCUUUGCACAAGUCUGCUCUCUCUUGUUUUGACAGGCAUUGUGGAGGAGUGGCCGGCCAUCAAAGCGGCUCUCAACACACACGUCUACGCCCAUCUGGACACGCUGGUGUCCCGCAUCAAAGCGUCCGAUCCUUCCUCUUUCCUGGGCUUUGCGACAAUCACCAUAGUUGGAGCUCUUUUCGAGACCGCUCUCAUCCUCUGCGUCCGAAAGAAUAAAGGUAUGAGGUGAAGGAGACUGAUACCUGUGGGGUAUACAUGUGUGUGCAGGUGGCCCUUUGCAACAAGGCGACUUCGGCAAGUACAUCGAGCAAGCCGGGGUGGUGAGAACACUCGCUGCUGCCCCGCCCCCGAUGCAGCCACUUCGUGCUCUCGUCCUGGAUGCCACACUGGGAGAUCGGGUGGCCAACGCGUUGGACAUGGACUGCAGAGCGCACGAGGAUCCAAGGAACUUCUUGGCAGAUUACAUCACGGCUGCUCUGGUCACGUCUCUGGUCAUCCCAGCCAUGGCCAUGAUAGGUGAGUCAGUCCGUCGGCUCACCUCCCGGGGUUCUUCAACCAUGCGUGUGUGUGUGUGUGCAGAUGAUGGAGAGGCCGGCAGACUGAUAGAGUCGAGGUUCGUGUCCACCCUCAUCCCGCUGCUGGGCAGGGCGGAGAGGACGAGCGUGACUAUGAUCGCCCUCUGCAUGCGCUGUGUCAUGGGACUCAGUCAGAGAGAUCGGAAGGUCAGCAGAGGAAGGUCACUGACCUCCCAUCUCAUUUGGACCUGUGGUGCGUUUCUUUGUGUAGGUGUUGGGGACCGAUGGACUGGCAAAGGUCAUAUGUGACGUGCUGCUCAAGGACGCACAGGGACAGCUCCUUCUCGCAGACGUCCUCCGUGACACUGACCGCAAGACGGCUGUCGACAUUCUCAAGAGCAUCGUCAGGUCAGCCGUGUGCUGCAGACAGGGAAGUCCGACGCAUCCUUGAGUGUGUCUGUUUGUCGCUGUGUCAUGUGUGUCAGCUAUUGCAAGUCACUGGUCGUCAAAGGAGCACCGAAUCCCAUCGUCGGACAGAUACUGCAGGUGUGCACGCCGAGGGUCGUGUGUGCUGUGCCCACCCGACUGCCUGUCUGUGUGCCGCCAUGUCAGUUCAAGUCCGUCAAGGCGUUGUGUGACCCCACCAGCGGCAUCGAGGUCUCACGACAUGUGAGCAACGCUCCUGCACAGCACGAAGCUCUCCUCUUCACCUCUCUCUGCCACAUCAGGUGUCGGAUUUCUUGGAUGCCCUCGCCCAACAGCACCAGAAGGAUACCAAGGCCCAACCCAAGACCGCCGCACAGCCAACCAUUUCAGCCGCCCAGCUGGCGGCCCAGGACGCCAAAGCGAAGCGGAUGGAGAAAGCCCUUCUCGAGCAAGAGCGCCGCGAGAAGGAGGCCAAGGCGAGAAAGGACCAGAAGGCCAACAAAGGAAAGGGCAAGACCAAGAGAGGCAAGGCCACAAAGGGCGGCAAGGGACAGCAGCUGGAUGCUGCAGGUGGGGAUGAGGCGAGCCCCUUUGAUCCGAUCAUGGAGCCAUCGGUGCCCUCCACCGCCGCAUCCACCAGGUAGGGAAGCCAUCCACCCACUAUAGUGCAUGGUGCAUAUGGUGCAUGGCUGAUGGAACUUGUGCCUCGUGUCUAUCGGUGGAUGUGCAGUCGGGCUUCUGCUGCCGAUGAGGCGAGUCAGCUGGAGCCCUCUUCGUGGAUCGCCGACACGUGAGCAAUCCAUCCGCUUGACGAGAUCCCCUGACACGUUUGAUUCCUGUGUGUGUCUGUCGAUCCCUGUUUUUGCAGGUCUGGUGCGUCUGGUGUGUCAUCCGUGUCAGUCGCUGGGGGCAGCGACCUGCCUGGUGAUGGUGGCGAUUCAGCAAAUUCGGCGGCUGUCGUAAGUGAUGAUGAUGAGGACGGCGACGCUAUGCUGAUCAACUCGGCGUUCGGACAACACGCGCGGCAACAGAGGAACCAGGGCAAGAAGAAAAAGACAGAAGGCAAACACAACACCAGGCCCACCCCGACGCCUACAUCUCAGCCGAGCCAGCCGUCUCGCCCCUCACUCCCACCCGCACUCAGGACCAACCAGACUGGGCAGAUUGGGCGCCCUCCACUUGCCGCCAAUGAGGAUCGUUAUCGCGGCGGCACAGCACCCAUUCGGAUGCCCGCACCCAUCCCCCUCUCAAGCGCCCACUUCCCCAAGGGUCGCUUCAAGAUGUCACCUGGCAAUGGGGGGCUGGCCCCUCCUGUGCCGAAGCGUCCCAUGAUUCCCCGUCCGCUGCUGUCUGACGAUGACAGCCCGUCUGGCUGGGCGUCGCCUCCCCUCCGGCCAAUGGGAGGUCGUGGGGCGGGGAGGGGCCGCAUGACCAUGUUUGCCCACCGCCCGCCCCCUCCUCCCUCCAUCCCGUACUCCCCAUUCCCGUCGGCUGAGGAGCUGCGCAACAGAUCAUUACUGCAGCACACUGGACAAGACGACCAACAGCAGCCGACACGUGCCGAGAGGCCGAGGUGGGAUGGUCGCAGACAACGAAUGUCGUGAUGUGAUCGCAAUGAUGGCUUCUCUCCUGCUGUGUCUGCAGUCUGUCUACUGCUGGUCCUUCGCUGAGUCGCUUCUUCGCCCAUGCGCCUAUCGGGCCCGGCCAACCGGCUGCUGCUGCCGCUGCUGGCGGACCUGGCGCUGGGGGGCUGUCAGCUGAUCUGUUCUACGACAGUGAGGGUGACGACAUGUACUGUGUGCCGCCCCCGCCGGCCUUUUCAGCACCACCUGCGCCACACUCACCGAUCGACCCAAGGUGACACGGGCGCGACACCCACAUCAACAACGCUUGUACCGAUGAGUGCUUGCUCCAUGCCUAUCAUGCUGUGUAGUGCUUUCCAUCGGAUGGGUCCCUCGAUUCCUGUCAGCUACAAUGACGGCCCCCAGCCGUCCGGCGCCCCGUCAGAUCCGUUCGGUAUUCCUUAUCCCCUCCCGUCUGGCCCACCAGCACCGGCAUCUGCUGCUGUUGCUGGUGGUGGCUUGUCGGCUGACCCGUUCUAUGGCUACGACAGUGGUGAUGACGAUAUGUAUGUGCCGCCCCCGCCGCCCAUAUUUGAGUAUGAGGAGGAAGGGUACCAGCCGCCCUCAUCGAGCAGUCCAGCCGACCCCUUCGCUGCGGCCCAGACGGCCGGGACCAUGCAGGGCGGCAAUGUCGGGGCAUCCACAGGGUAUACAGAUGCAGGCAGAGAGGAAACCGACAGCACGUAUCACUCUGUUCCUCUGCUGCUGUGUGUUUGUGUAUAGGUUUGGUGCGGGGAUGGGUGCUGGUGCGUCUGGGAGUGAGGAGCUUGUCGAUCAGCUCUGCCGCCAACUCGAGCAGAAGGACCAGGAGGCCAAGCGGAGAGCCCGUGAGGCCAAGCGAAGGGCUCAGGAGCUGCAGGAGGCCCGGGAGAAGGAACAAGAGGCCAAGCGGAAUGAGGAGGCGCUAAUACGCCAGCUGCAAGAGGCGCAAUGGACGUAAGGAAAGCAAUGGGGGGCCUCGCCUCUGUCUGCAUCCAUACGUAUCUCUCGCUCUCAUCAGGAUUGCCAAAAUGGCCGCGCAGCAGUCAUCCCACCACCACCACCAGCACCAACCUUCGUCCAGCAGUUCAUCGGCCCCCCCGCCCCCCUCCUCAUCAUUCGCCCACCCUCACCCAUCCACACACGCCAACACAACAAUGCACCAGCACCAGCAGCAGCAUGACAGUGGGAAUUAUGACGACUGCGACGUGUGUUUUGGGGAGCACGGCCAGGCGACCAUCAUGUACGUCCCCUGCUGACACAUGCGUGUGUGUCCCCACUGCUAUGAGGACCGCAAGGCCGCCUGGCAGCGGGAGCUCAGCCGAGUGAAGGCGGAGAACGACCGCCGUCGCGAGGAGAACGAGGUCGCCAGGAGACUUAACGAGACCCGCAGCCAGGAGGAGCAGAUCUCGCUGGUGAAGCUGCUGGAUGAGCCCGAGUACACCUGCGAGCACUGCAAGGCCAAGGUGGAGUUCGCCGGCACCGUGGACGAUUGCAUCAAGUGGGUGGCCAGACCGUUCAAGUGA